AUGAAGUUGUAUUGUUACCAUUCACGAAUUCGUAUACUUAAACCUCUCAGCCAAAAACAUGUUCCUUUCGUGUCUGACACCCAAAACAACAUGUUCAUAUCUCUGGUCCCUUUAUUGCUCAUUUUUUCCCAUUUCGCUGCAUCCCAGUCCCAGUUUUUAGUCCCAGAUUUAAAUUACUUACAAAUAAUCCAAAUCUUGCAGUCGGUUUUAGCACAACUACCCAACAACGAAUGCACAAAUCAUUUUUCAAACUUCGUACAAGCACUAAGAACGGGGGAAACAUGGGCCUUAACUAUGCUAGACGCAACUGCCAAACCUCAAGCCGGCAUUCUCCUGGGAAACAUCAUGCACGUGGGAAACUACGACGAGUGUCUAGAAAUAGACCAAAAGGUCAAAACAAACCGAAUUCAAGGUAAAUAUUGUACCGCAUUUUUCGGAGCGCAUCCGAAAUACGGAACCGGACUGAGCAAAUUGUUGGAUGAACUAAUGGGCGAUUUCACCAGGAACGAAGACGAAUACCAACUCACAGAGGACGCCAGACUGUCUUACGGGUGGUGUGUACCUAAGGCAUGCACUGGGGCGAAUUUACAAAAUUUGGCAGAUGUUUUGGAAAAUAUGACCAUGUCUCCGCUGCAUUUCACUUUCGACGACAAGUUCUGCGACGGUGGAGACCCUAGAGAAUUUUCAUCUUGGGCAAUUUUUGCCAUUGUGGUGUUUUCGCUCUUUGCUCUACUUCUUGUUUUUGGUACCAUGUACGACGUCAUGGUGUUCAGAAAAAUUUCAGACUACAACAAGGAACCAAAUUUGCUGAUGGCUUUCUCUGUUCUGGCGAACGGUAAAAAAAUGUUGUCUGUAUCCACAGCAGAAGGAAGUUUAAACUGUUUGAAUGGACUUCGAGUAAUAAGUAUGAUGUGGAUUGUGUUGGCGCAUAGUUUUCAAACUUCGUUUUUCGUUCCGCACGUAAAUGGGAAAGAAUUGAUGACGUGGAAAGAUCGUACCGAGAACUCAUUUAUCGCAGGAAGCUCAAUGGCUGUGGACACUUUCUUUACCAUUAGUGGGUUACUAGUGGUCUAUUUAUACAUGAAAAGUCAAGCCAAAGGUACCAAAUUUUCCCUACCCAUGUUCUACAUACACAGGAUUCUGAGACUAACUCCAUCGCUAGCAAUGGUUGUGCUAUUCUCAGCGACGUUACUCAAACACAUGGGCAGAGGCCCAUUUUGGCCCAUCGUGGACGAAAUGUUCCAGAAGCCGUGCGAAGAAAACUGGUGGUCCACUCUGAUCUAUUUACAAAUUUUUAUCAAUCCAGAUAAUCAAUGCGUAGGACAAGCUUGGUACUUAGCUGUGGACACCCAGAUGUACUUUCUGUCGCCUUUGAUAUUUUUCCCUCUCGUGAAGUGGCCCAAACAAACUAUUGGUGCUAUCAUGACGUACGUGGUUGUCAAUUGUGGCUACGUUUUCGGAAUAACGUGGGUGAAACACCUCGGUACCACUUUUUUGAAUCAAGACGCCACCCAGUAUAAUUAUUUGUACAGUCCGACUCAUGUUAGAGGUACUGUGUACUUAAUCGGGAUGGUUUGUGGGUACUUAGUUUACAAAACUAGAACUAAUCCUCUUAAAUUAACUAAAACAAAAGUAACUACAUUGUGGUUAUUUUCUUUGGUGACACUGGUUGCUGUAGUUCUGGGUCAUUCAUCGAUGAUUUCGGCUCCUGAGUACAACGUUCUGGACUCUUCGUUCUUCAAUUCGUUGACAAGAGUGGGCUGGGCGAUAGCAUUGUCCGUUAUAAUUAUACUAUGUGUCAACGGUUACGGUGGUCUAGUCGAUUCUUUUCUCUCAAACACAAUCUUCAACGUCUUAAUUCGACUAAACUACAGUAUUUACCUUCUUCAUUUGAACGUACUAAUUUCAGUAGCAGCUCAAGGUCGAGCUCCCACGUACUUUGCCAAUCUACUAGGGUUCCACCAGUUUUGGGGUGAUUAUAUGUUUAGCCUUGGCGCUUCAGUGUUAUGGACCUUGGCGUUUGAGUCGCCUGUCAUAACAAUAGAAAGGAUUAUUUUUAACACUAAAAGUUCAAGUAAAGCUACGACUGAUAUAAAAAACACCAAUGGAGACGUAGUCGCUAUACAAAUUGUGAACAAUUUAAAAAAUGACACAAACUUAGCUAAGUCAUAACACUACAAACCCCAAUAAAAAUGUCAACAAUG